GUGAAAUACAUAGAGAGUGUACCGUUUAGAGAGACAACAAAAACGUAUGCAAUGAGGAAUCUUGGGUACGAAAGUUGGAUCGUUGUUUUAGGUUUUCAAUGAACUUCAUAAGCUCAAUCCAAAGGUCUUUGAUGACAAUUUUAUAACAAGAAUUUUAAAACAAUAGAUGGAUUAAUAAUAGCUACUAUAACAUAUCAAACAAGAGACUGAGGCCACCAGAAGAAUUAAGAGGAAGAAAUGGACACAAACCCACCCCACUAGAAAAUAAUAACAUAAUCAUAAAUAUUGAUAGGGAAAAAGUAAGUCAUUAUGCCAAAGUUAGGAUUCCAAGUAGAUGGCAUCACUGGCUUGUUGUUCACUUUUUAAUGGAAUUUGCAUAAAAUGAUUCUCAUUAGACUUUAAUGUCCCAUUAGGUUAGGUGGAUGUUAAUGGAUUAGAUUCUCAACUAAGUGAAAUUGGGAAAGUUUAACUUAUACCAUGAAUACAUGAUCUCUAAGAGGUCACAACUCGAUUUUUAAUAAACUUUUCCCUGGACUAUUAUGUAUUUGCAUUUAGGCUUUAUCCACUCUAGGACACAAAUUUUAAGUACAUUUUUUUUCAUUAGAUCACUAGUGUUGUUAAGAAAACAGAUACACAAAUUGUAAGAAAACAAAAGAAACCAAGAAUCAAAUCAAAUCCUACCAAGUUAAUCAUAUGCGUGAAAGAGAGUUUCUUGUCAGCAGAUGGACAAAUUCGAAAAAUUAGUGCAACAUCUCCAUAUAUCACUUCUUACCAAUGCUUAUCGUACAUAUUCACACUGAUUCACAUGCCAACAACAUACUAAAAAAUGACCCCUCCGUCUAGCCGAAUUAGAAUCGAAUGUUUGUUACAAUGUUGAUAGUGUCCUUAUAAUCACGAGUUGAAAUCAUUUUAUGAUAAAAGGCGUAAUCCUGAUCCAUAUUAUAACAAAACCCAUCUGCAUGCCAACCGGACUGGCUCCACCUGACCAGAUUGUACAGCCAGGCCAGCCACCCGAAACACAGCACCGCCAGCCGUCAACACAAAACACAAACAAUUUUCAGUUUUUACCUCCCAACUGUUACCGUUAUCGCGCAAUUGAAUUGAAGCCUCGUCUCGUAGAAGAAUAAGAAGGAAGAUGAAAACAGAGGAAGAAACGUUUGCUUCACUCGUUUCGUAAGAGGGUGGAUUGCACGCACCAUCUUCCCAUCAUAGGAUAUAGCCGGUACAAUUCAAUAAGCAGAAACGCGAUCCUUUGAAAACUUCAUUCACAUCUCUCUCUCUCUCCCUGUCUACCUUCCAUGGCAGCCGCAGCUAAACUUCGUCCUCUCUAGCUCUCUCUCCGCCCAGAAACCAGAAAAAAAAAACUACAAAACCCAGUAUCCAAAUCAAUACACGCAUCACCAUAACUCUGCUUUCUGAUUGGAGGCACAGAGCAACCCAGAAUUCUAAUUCUUUCCUCUGUGUUCUCCCCCUUUGGUCAACCAGACACCAUGGAUGAGCUGCUCUGCGACGAACUGCUCCAAGAAAUCUUCACAAGAAUCCCAUCGGCCGCACCUCCAUCGAUUCCUCUGGUUUCCAAGCGGUGGCUCUACCUCUACAGAGCUUCAAAAACCUCCCUCUCCCUCAGAAUCACUCUCGAUCAUCACCAGCACCAGAACACCAAUUCCUCCGCCGUCGCCGCCGCUCUCUUCCGGUCCUUCUCUUCCUUUCUCUCCCACUACCCUUUCCUCUCUUCCCUCUCCCUCCUCCUCAACGACCCUUCUUUCCCUCGCUCUCCAAGCUUCAACGAUCGCCUUCUCUUUCUAAUUUCUUCUCUCUGCUUCAAGCUCAAGCAGCUCAAAUUCCUCCCCUACCCUGUCUCUGUAAUUUCCCUUCGUUCCCUCUCCAAUUCCUGCACCCUCCUCACUUCCCUCACGGUUUCCCUCUCAAGACCGCUGCUUCUCCACUGGGUCGCCUGGUUUGCUUCCUUGAAGGAAUUAUCCGUCUCUGUCUGCGAUGGCGACGAAAGGGGAAUUGGGUUUUCUUUGGAUGAAGGGAAAGAUUCCGAAUUGGGAUUGGAGAGCGUCUCUUUCGCAGGAAUUGGAAGAGACGAUUCUGGGCUAGGGUUUCUAUGGAGGAGCUGCAAGAAGCUAAAGAAAUUAAGCCUCAAAAGCUGCGAAGGUAUUGGAGAUGGCGGUUCCUUUUCCUCGUUUACCCACUGUUUGAUUCAUUUACAAGAAUUAGAGCUGAGAACUUGUAGAAAUAUAGCCGACGGAGUCCUCUUAAGACUAGCUGAACACUCCACCUCCUUGAAUUCCUUACUCGUUUAUGAUGGUGGGAGCAGAGAUGGAUUGCUUCAUUUCAUCACCAACUCGAAAUGCCAAGUCUCGAACCUUGACUUCCGCCUUCCUCUGGACCUAAGCAACGACCAUCUCUCAGCAGUGGCCACAAACUUCAGGUGUCUCAAAUCUCUGAGACUACAAAGUUGCUGCCUUGUCUCAGGUGAAGGCCUGAAAGCUCUAGGGAUCGCCAUGAGCUCAGGCCUCGAGGAACUGGCCUUGAUCAACUGCGAUGUGGUCGAGAGGGAAUCCGGUUUGCUUGCCACAUUGGGGCAGAACUUGAAGCAGCUGAGGAAGCUGGAUUUGUCGUAUAACGAGUACCUGUUCGAUAAGGAGUUCAUUGGCAUGCUGGCCUCUUGCUGCAAUUUGGUUGAUCUCAAGAUAAGAGGUUGCAGGGGGUUGACUGUUCUGGCCAUGGUGGCUGUCUCCAGGAGCUGUAAGAAGUUGGAGCGUGUUGAUGUUGUGCACUGCAGUGGGAUCACAGCUGAUGGUGUAGAGACCUUGGUGGUGAAAUCUUCAAGAUUGAGACGAGUUCAAGUCGAGGAGAGCAAGGUUUCGGAUGUUGCGAGGGGAUGGGCGAAUAGGAGGUUCGUCGAGGUUUCGGCUUGAUUCUCCAUGGCUGCUGCUGGAUUUCAAGCAUUGGUAUGGAUUUAUGUACAUGUAUGUACAAAAGAAAGCAGAAGCUGUUAUUCAUAUAUACCACAUUGGUUUGUUGUAAAUGUUGUUUGAUUGCUGUCUAUUUGAGAGGUGAAAACACCCAUGUCUGAAUAAUGCUAUGGACUUUGUAUAGAAUGAUUCAUGGAUUCCUAAGACUGAGACUGAAACUGAGACUGAGAAUUCAAAGAUUGGCAGUUGGAAAGUUGAUUUCUUUUGUCUUCUUGGUCAUUUGAUUUCAAUACCUGAGUACUGGUUUUUUUCUGAGUUCUGAAUUCUGAUUGUCAAAUGCCAAGUUUGGAUACUCUUUUUUCCUAUGGGCUAUAGGGUCUAGGUGGAAUUGGGGCCCAAUAUUCUUGGGUCAUGAGGCCUCACUGGUAUAACAAAACGAGAGGGCGUGAAAAUGGGCCUCUUAGUCUGUGGCAAUUUUUUGCUGUGAGUGAGGCCAAAGCCCAUCUAACUGAACUGGUCAAGUCCUGAAGGCCAUUGGACUUCUUUCAGGCUAAUUCAAAGACCAACGUACAAAGACGAAACAAAAAUACAAAAAUUUGAUUAUGAAUAUAUUGAAUCAAUCUCUCUAAAACGUGACCAACAAAUCAAUGAAUCUACUGGCAGUUAAUCUGCCGUCGGAAGCAGGUCCCUCACUGUGGUUGAUACGGUGUUGAACGGGGAGUGGAACAUCGCUUAUCUUGAAUAUGAAUGGCAAUGGGCAGGUCCGGGCAGGUUUUUUGGUAUCCAGACUCGCCCCGUGGCAGGUCGGGCAGGUCGACCCAAUGAGUAUGCAAUUUAUAUGAAAAACUUUAGAAAUAUUAUUUAUUUUUAUUAUAAGACAAAGAAAAAAAUAAUAUUAUGAUAAAUGUAGUUAAAUUAUUAGAGAAAUUGAGGUUUUCACUAAUUUACAACUUUAUUAUAGCUAAAAUAUGAUGUAAUAAAAUAAAAUUCAUAAGUAAUUUGACUAAGAUUACAUGUAAUUUAGUCAAGAACCGGUCGAGAAUUGGGUAGGUCAUGUCGAUGAGAGUACCCAUGCCCGCCCCACCCCCGCCUACGGGGCUCGGACCCGCCCCAAAAAUAGUCCAAACAGGUCGGGUAAAACGCGUCAGGUCGAAAUCGCCAUCUCUAAUAUUGAAGAAUAAAUCUAUGAAUUGCUGACAAGCAAAACGAUGAACUACAAGAAAUCAAUUGUUUAUACUGCAAUCGCAAUCCAUAACACAACUAGACAAGUAUUUCUUUCGCCAUAUAUUGUUUCUCAUCGUUUUUCUUCUCUAUCUUUGACUAUCUUUUCGGACAAUCUGAUAUUAAUGGUUGUAUGGCCACCAGCCAUAUUCUUAACUAAAUCUGGAUUUCUACCUGAGGAAAUCCCAAAAUAAUAAAUGAGCAGCACACAAACAUAGGAUUCCCCGUUUUCCCAAAAUUGUAGUAGUGAGUGCCAGAAUCCAAAGCCAAUCAAAAGGUCAACCGAACCCAACCGGAUAUUCCACAAUCUCGACGGCUCCGAUCACGCUAUAGAUUCACUCCCCCGUCAAAUCCAACGGCUGCAGAUGAAAGUUCCAGAACGACGCGUCUCCCAGGACAUAACCCUUCGUCCAACUUGCAGCCGCCAAAGCCAAAUCCCCGCAUUUCCCGGGCGAGAGUUUCUAUUUGGCGCGCAAAUCCCAGUCCCCAAUGUGCGUACGAAAUUUUUUAUCAUUUUUUGCUGAUUAUUUCAAAAAUGACGGCCAAUGCUAUCGUUUCCCGCCAGGAAUGGGAAAAAAGAAUCGCGGGCAGGUCGGGCAGGCUGGCCCAAUUUGUGGUUGGGUCACUGAUUGCGGGCUAAGCUAAUGGAGAAGAAACCUAAAACCGCGUUUGGUUGAGAGGAAAUUAUUAAAAGGAAAGUAAAAAGGGAUUAAGCCAAUGGGAGAAGUGGGAAUGGGGAACGAAAAUCAAUGGAAUUGGAAGGG